AUGGCGUUACGUCUACUCUUCGUUGGUUUACUUCUGUUUGGUUGUAUAAUCGAAAUUCACGAUGCUAUGUUUACGAAUGGCCGUUCAUUACAAGAAGUGAUCGAUGAAACGAUUAACAAGGCAAUGACGAAAGUAUCGAAAAAACUACAAGAUAAACUCGAAGUUUUAAAAGAUAACAAAUACGCUUUGAAACUCUGGAAGUUAUACAAGAGAUUUUACCAUAAAAAUUAUUCCACGCCGGAGGAAGAAAAGGAACGUUUAGGAAAAUUUAUUGAUAAUUUGAAAAUAAUCAUUCAAGAAAAUUUCCGUUUCGAUGAAGGAUUGAAAUCAUUCAAAUUGCAAUUGAACCAGUUCGGUGAUAUGAGUUUUGAUGAAUUUCGUCAAAAAUUAACGGGAUUAAACAUUGAUGGACGAGGAGAAACGCCACCUAGUGAAGUUCGUGACGGCCAAGACGAUGAAAAAACACAUGAACGCAUUCGACGAUUUUUCGUUGAUUCGGUGAAAAAGAAGAUCAAGAAGAAAAUCAAAGAUAAGUUUAAUGAAAAAGUAUCUCCUGGACGACAUUCGUCCGAUACUUCAUCGUCGUAUUAUUCCUCAGGAACACGAGUGAGACCUAGUGCAAGACGACCUGUAAGCUCGAAAGUGUCGAAAGCAGCAGUCGAUUAUCGACAAUAUAUGAAUCCGGUUGAAAAUCAAGGACGUUGCGGUUCAUGUUAUGCAUUUGCUGUGACGGCGGCGGUUGAAGGCACGUUCGCACUGAAGAAAGGUGAACGUUUCAAAUUAUCCAAACAGCAAUUAGUUGACUGUUCACCAAGUAACGGCUGUUCAGGAGGAUAUCUGGGACAAACAUUCGAGUACAUCAAAAAACGUGGUGGGCUCGAACCCGAUACGUCUUAUCCAUAUGCAAGUACUCGGCAAACGUGUAGUUUGAAGUCAAGAAAGGUUGGUGGUAUAUCCGAUUACAGAAAUACACCACGAGGGGAUGAAGAAGCUAUGAAAUCAGCUCUGGCAACCUACGGUCCACUCGCUGGCGCUAUUCAUACGACGACUGAUCUACAAUUCUACGGAGGUUCAAGAGGUGGACGUGGAGCAGAUAUACUGGAUAUACCGUUGUGCUCGAAACAAGUUGAUCAUGCUAUCGUUAUUGUUGGUUAUGGCACAGAAAAUGGCAAAGACUAUUGGCUGGUUCGCAAUUCUUGGGGAGAGAAUUGGGGUAUUAAUGGGUAUUUCAAGAUCGCUCGAAACAAAAACAGCAUGUGUGGAAUUGGUACAUACGGUUAUUAUGCUAUCUGGUCGAAAAAUGCUCUCGUCAACAAUGUUUCACAAUAUUCUCCAAUAUCUGACGAUGAUGAUCGCCGUCUGUAUCAACUUUUAAAACAGCGUUCAGCAGAAAACGAUAAUGAGUACGUUUGGUUUACUCGUGAUCUUCAAAAUGCACUCGCCGAUGAUGACAACUAUCCUCAGCAAGUCAAGCGUGGUCCAUUUGGCAAAUUUCAACACUCAUCUCGUUCGAAAUUAGCCAAUUUUGGUAUGGCACGCAAACUUCGAUCAAUCGAAAGUGCGAUGAAUGAAUCCCAAUGA